CCGGGGAGGGAGAAGUGCUUGAAGGAAAAAAAAGGAUGGUCAUCAUGGGCAACGGCUCUUCCUCGAGUAGUAGUAGCAACAGCAACGGCAACAGCAAUACCAACACAACCUCUUCCCCAGCCCCCGACACCUCCAGUGAGCCACCCAUGCUGCUCUCUCUGCCCGAAGACGUGCUCUACAGCAUACUCAUCACCUGCCUCACGCCAACCGAGCUCACUGACGCCCUCCUGGCGGUGAGCCCGUCGCUCUCGCGGACAAUUUCUCAUUGGGUCCUGGGGGAUCUCCCGCGGGUGUGCAAGUGGCGCGAGCGGUUCGAUGAGAAGGUCCAGACGCUCACACAGUUCCAGGGAGAGGUAGGGGAGGAGAGUAGUGGGGAGGGCAUCUGGUUUGUCGAGGGGAGCUUCGGGGAGAUGAGAUGGUUGGCUCGUGUGUGUGGUUUGUGUGGGCUGGGCUGGUCAGGUGCGUGUGCUGCGGGACAGUUUGCGGGAUGCGAUUAACGUGAUGGAGACCACCAAGCAGCAGCUGCGGGGCAGCCAAAGCACCAUGAACCAGGUAAGACUCAGAAACGAGCAGCAGACAACGCGAAACGGUUUGUUGUGUGUGCGUCAGACACGUGAGGUCAUGGCUCGUCGGCGGGGCCUGCUGUCGGAGCGACAGAGCCUCUCCGAGCAGGCUCUAGAAGGUCGGUCUGACCACCAACAGACCUCUCAUAUCAUAGCCCUUCACCCCGCACUCACCACAGUGUGUGGAUGCCUGUCUGUGCAGAUUUCAAGGAGAGCAAGCCUUACAGCUGCCCCACUUCCUCCGCGGCCCGCCCUUCAGCCGCCCACAACCCAUCAUCGUCAGCAUCUUCGUCUUCAGCAUCUUCGUCGGGCAACGAUGCGUCGGCGGCAGAUGAGGAGAGUUGUCUGCUAGAGAGUGCCCUGGGCCCGACGAGCACUCAGCGGUGCUGCAUCGCCAUGCUCUCCAUAGAGGACUUCAGAUCAACCGCUGUGGAGCUCAGAGACGUCGCGACGCAGGUCGGUGGGCUGGUGUCUGGUCCGAUAUGUGGUGGAAAGACUUCACUGCACAUCUCUGUGUUUGUGGGUGGGUGGGUGUGUGCCUUCAGGUGCACCAGUACGGUGCGGAGGUGCAGCGUCUGGCGACCGACAUGGAGGCGGCCGUGUCUGCCGUGCAGUCUCUCUGCGAGCAGCUGGACCCCAAGUCAGCUGACCUCAUGACACAGUGCAAAGACAUCCGCGAAGAGGCCGAAAAACUCCAUGCGGUAUGCAAUGCGACCACACAGACCGACCCGACACACAAACAUUAUCAAUGUAGUGAAUGGAUGUGUCUCUGUGUGUGUGUAUGUGUGUGUUUGUUUGUCAGGAGGAGAAGUUGGCCAGUGUGGCUCUUAAGAGUCCCGUGGUGGACCCCGUGCGUCUGCUGCAGGCCCGGGUACUGGUGGCAUCCAGGGGCGCCAAGAAACAGAAACAGACAGCAUAGCCACCCUGCCUGCCAAGCGCUCACCCACUCACAGGCAGACAGGCAGGGAGGGAGGGAGAGAGGGAGUGCAGUGCAAUGCAUUCAAUGGGGGAGAGAGAUGUGAGGAGAGGGAAAGUCGCCUUUCAGCUACCCCUGUUUUGCUGGAUGGUGUGUUUGCGGCGGCAUGGGUGCAGUAUAACGUUCAGGAGGUGAGGCGAACGCUUUGCUGGGGGAGAGAGAAAAGGGAAAUUCGUGUGGCGUGGCUGCGCAAUGGAGUGCUGAUGCUUUUGCGUCAAUCUUGUUGUGCUCCUCGAGGGGCAGGUUGCGUGCAACACACUUGUUGCACGCAAGAAGCUGCUGCUCGAGGGGUUUUAACAGGAUUAACGCUUGCCGCAUUCACUUUGCGCGUGGAACUUGCGAGUACAUCGUCAAAUGGGGAUUGCGGUGGACGCUGCCUUUGUCCUGACUCACGCACACAGUUUCUCAUCCGCACCUUCUGAC